AUUUCCCUGAAAAAAUAUAACUUCCGAUAUAAGCGGACUUUCUAGAAUGAUCAUUCUAGCUGAACAGAACUCAUAAUAAACAAUUUUUCAAUAGCCUAGAUAUGUCUAAUAGACCCUUUUCGGUGGAACAACCUGUAUACUCGAUGAAACCAAAAAUUUUAUGGCUGUUAUUAUUGUGCAAGGUGAAGAAGGUGAGCCGUGUCGACAAAUAGGUUUUGCCCCAUCUGGGUGACAACGAAAAACCAGAUGUAAAAUAAUUUCUGGUAGCAUAUUUAAGAGCUGCACCAGCCUACACUUCCCCAUUCUGUUUUUUGAACCUUUGAGUGCGCUUACACUGUGUUACAAUUACUAUUGAGUUUUUUCGGUUAUUCAAAUCAUGUUUUGUUUAGUGAGAUUUGAAGAUGGUGUUCUAUUCGUGGUGAAAAAAAAAAAUUUAAGAAUAUCCAAAAAUAAAAUUUUUGCGAGAUACGAUGACGGGCAUUUCUAUCUAUGCCAUUUGCUGUAUAGUCACGGUAAGUCUGCUCAGUCUUAUUGAGAAUUUUAUAUAUUUCUUUAUGAUGAUGUUAUUUUAUGUUUUGUAGAUUAUGAAUCUUGAAUUCGGAAGCAUACAAAAUGUAACCCUAAUUUUUCGCCCACUCAUUUGUUUUAUUUUUUUGUCAACAGACAAAAUAGCCGUUAUCCAAGAUAUGCUUCAGCAAUUAUCAUCUGAUUGUCAAGUUUCCACGAGAAGAGCUGAAAAUCCCAACACCCUCGAACAUCCAAUAGGUAAUGCUGAUCGGGAGCAGGGUUCCGAAAUUUCGUACGAGAAUUUGUUCCCUGAAAAUGUGGAACAGCCAUUAUCGAAUGAAUCUACGCAUGAUGGUCAGUCUUCUCUGAUUAAAUAUUCUUCAUCGAUUGAUAACAGUGAUCCAUUCAAUACGGACGAAGAUGAAGAAUAUCAACCCCCGAUAGAUAAAGAGGAAGAUGAGGAGGAUAAGACUUCAGACUUAUCGAGUGACUUAAGUCAUGAAAUAACCGAAACCCUUCCUACUCAAAGAGAUGAUUCCUCAAUGUUGGAUAUUUCAGUUAAUGAAACUGUGGUCGGUGGAGCAAUAAGGGAUGCGAAAACAAAAUUGGUGAAAGCCAGUGAUUCCGGGACAAAAAAAUACAGCUGUAAAUAUUGCAAUAAGUUAGUAGCUAAAUUAGCUCGUCAUAUCGAAACGGUGCAUAAGGAUGAAGAAGAGGUGAAAAAACUUUCUUUGAUUAACAAAACCAAAAGAGAAAAGAAUCAACCCUUGAGUGCAGCAGCACGCGAACGACUCGAGAUGAUAAAGAAAAUAAGGGCGAAAGGAAACUUCGAGCACAAUAUGAAAUGCUCAACCUACGACGAAUUCAUUCCUUGCAGACGACCCCGGCAAAAUAAAGCACCUAAAACUGUGUCUGAUUUUGCUGUAUGUCCGCAGUGCAAAGAAACUUAUUCAAAAUCAACAUUACACAAGCACUACAGAAGAUGUACAGGACGAUGCUCGAAGUAUAAUAAGAAAGUUCAAAUGUUGAGUCGCCUAACAAUGGGUGAUAUCCACGAAAUGGCAGAGCCUCAGUUGAAAAAAAUUAUAUGUCGAAUGAGAGACGAUGAAAUUACGACUAUAGUUCGAUAUGACGAAUUAAUAAUUCUGUUUGGGAAUUUGGAAAGCUACAAAUACCGACAUUCCCAACAUCACGGAAAGAUGAUAAGAGCUAAAUUGCGUCGUCUUGGACGUUUGCUCCUGGAGUUGAGGAAGAUGAAUGAAAAUAUCAGAGAUUUCUCCAAUUUGUACGACCCCGCUAAUUUCACCUGUUUCUUGAAGGCCGUCAAUACACUUGGGAAUUUCAAUGAAGAAAGUGAUCUCUUCGAUACUCCAGCGACAGCAUCUGCAUUGGGCAUGCUCACCAAGGAACUGGGAGAUAUAUGGAUAGCACACUGCAUCGAAAAAAAAAAUCCAGAUGCCAAACGAAAUGCUGAAGAAUUCCUGCAUUUAUAUAAUUUGAAAUUUGGCAAGAUUAUAAAUAAAACAGUUGCAGAGUCACAGACGGAAAUGUGCAUUAAGAAAAAAGUAAUUCUUCCUUCGUUCAGUGACAUUAAAAUCUUACACAAAUAUCUGACGUGUAAGAGGAAUAAUGCAUUGAACGAAUUGAAAAAAAAAUUUGAUAAGAAGGUUUGGAGGGACCUCUUGGAAGCCACUCUUACAUCUAUACAACUUUUGAAUAGAAGAAGGCCCGGAGAACUAGAGAGAAUUAAAUUAGUUCAUUAUAGUUCUUUAGAGAAGAUCGACGAGAAAAGUAAUUUGGAUUUAUACAAGAAGCUCAAUCCACAAUCAAAACAAAUUGCGAAUAAAUAUUCAAGAAUAUUAUUGCGAGGGAAACUCAACAGAACUGUUCCAGUUUUGCUUGACAAUGAAAUGGUGGAAUCUUUAAAAAUGAUUUUGAAGUAUAGGAAAGAAGCGGGUGUGUCUGAAUCAAAUACAUAUUUAUUUGGACUUCCGGGUGGAGCAGAAAAAUGGCCUAGUGCAUGCGACCUAAUGAGAAAAUUUUCGAUUGCGUGCAAAGCAAAUUUACCCUCCACAUUAAGGGGUACUUUGUUGAGGAAGCAUGUUGCUACGUGUUGCAUAUCGCUUAAUCUUACGGAUGGAGAAAUUGAGGAUUUAUCAAAUUUCAUGGGCCAUGACAAAAAUAUUCAUUUGAAUAUUUAUCGACAGCCCGUAGCAACGAAAGAUAUUCUGCAAAUAUCCCAACUUCUGGAAAAGGCUCAAGGGGAUGACGAUCCGAAUGCUCCAGAUAUAGAUUUGGAAGAAGUUGAUGAGACCGAAAAUUAUGUUCCAGUGGUUCGGCCCCAAACGACUUCAUUCCAAGAAUUCAUAACUCCGAAGAACCAAAAAGCCAAAUGGGAUCCAGAUUCGAGAGCAGCAGUUAUGAACGCAUUUGGAAAUACGUUGGGAGAAGGAAAAUUGCCGUCAUCCCACCAAAUACAGCAACUCAUCAACAGCACACCAUGCUUGCGAAAAAGAACAGUGCCGCAAAUAAGAACAUGGCUUCAUUCUAAAAAAAAAAUUCUUUUAUCAGACAAAAGUGAAACCUCGACAAGCCAUAGCCAACAGAGGAGGAAUUCAAUUCCAAAUACAAUUUACCUCUUAUUUGCGGAUAAUAUUGCUAAAAAAGUUGUUCCAACUCUUGAGGAUUGCUAUACCAUGUACGCAAGAUCACCGUCUCUGAAUAGAUAUAAUCCCAGUGAGAUACUGAAUUUAGUGAAGGAAGCUAGGGGAAGGUGGGCAGCAAUCUCACAGCGAACACUGACAGUUCUACCAACAAUAACUUCGUCACUUCCUGAUACUCAAUCGGCCACCUACACCACCAUAAAUUCUUCAGCAAACACUCUACCUCAUCCGUCUGCUACGACCUCAUAUGUGCUACAACAAGCCUCAGUAAAUGAUUCUUUGGAUGAUGCAGCAUUCCAUCUGGUUAGCCCCAAACAGUUAAUGCCUUAUCCACGAAUGGCCGAAAAAAAAAGAGGCGAAGUUUGGAGAAGAGGAAAAGCAGCUAUUAUCACUGCUUCUCCAUAUAAAACAGAAUUAGAGGAAAAACAAAACAGUAGGAAACCGAAACCUGAUGUCUCAAGCGAAAAGAAAAUGAAAAAAUCAAAUAAGAGGAGAUCUCGAAAAACUAAAAAAGCUGAAGAAGAAGCUCAGACAUCAGAAGAAGAAGAUACUGCAUGUCUAUACUGCCACGGCUUGUAUUCCGAGUCUACCGAAGGAUGGAUCACUUGCCAGGUUUGUUCUUAUUGGGCGCAUUGUGGCUGUGCAGGAGUUGAAGACAACGAUGAUGAAGCUGUCCACAUCUGCCCAUUAUGUGAAGAUGAAGACUAUUGA